AUGGCUGCAUUAGUUGUUCCAAAAUCCAACGCAUCCACUAAUCUCUGGACCGAGGCUAUAGCCCAGUUACCUGCCGAACACAAGCACGGAAUCAACUUUGCCCAACAUGAGAAGAUCGAUAUUCUCAAAGAUCUACGCGAGAAGGCCGAAACAUCAAGGAAUCAAUUCAUGAAAUCGAGAUGGAAGUACACUCGCAAGAGCGGAGAAACGGUCAUAAUCAGGGAUGUUUUGGAGAAAUUUCUUCGAUGGCUUGAUGUGUUCAAGGAGAUUGGAGAUGUGGCUGUUCAGUACGAUCCCACGCAUGCUGCGCUUCCUUGGGCGGGUAUUCGCCUCAUCUUGCAAAUUGCCUUGAAUGAUACCGAAAAAAUGUCCUUGGUCAUGGAAGAUCUUACUUGGGUAUCUGAGCUGAUUUGUCGUUACACUAUCGUAGAAGCUUUGUAUAUCUACGAUUCAUCAGCGGCUUAUGAAGCGCUACAGAAAGCUUUAGUUAAACUGUAUUCAAAGAUUCUUCUCCACCUAUCUAACAUAAUAGCAUACUUUGAGCAGGGGACUGCAAAGCGAAUAAUAAAGAGCGCUCUUCUUUUCGACAAAUCGUUCGAGUCAUCUCUGGAUGAGAUUCAUAGAGCAGAAGCACAGGUAAAGAAUUGUAUAUCUUUGGCCGAAAGAAAUGAUAGUAUCGAGAAAAAUGAUAAGCUAGCAGCUCUACUGAACUCCAUGAAUGCUCCACUGAAAAGAAUCGAUCGAAAUCUUGAGCAUGUGCAAGACAAUCUUGAGAGAUCGGAGCGCACGAAAAUUCUUCAAUGGCUCUCUUCUGAACCUUACAUGGGACACCACAAACAAGUCAAGAAAGAUCUCCUAGCUGGGACUGGGAUGUGGCUCUUGGAUGACGCUAUCUUCAAGAAAUGGAAGGACGACAGUGCAUCUUCCAUUUUAUGGCUCCAUGGGAUCGCUGGCUCAGGCAAGAGUAAACUUGUGUCAAUUGUAAUCGACGAUGCGAUGAAGAAUUUCCAGGCUCGAAAUAGCCCGCAACCAGUAUUCUUCUACUGUUUAAGAAAUCCAGCAGAGCCUUUACGGGAGAACCCUAGAGGAAUACUUGCUAGUAUUGCGCGCCAACUGUCAAACACGGAGUUAGGGAUGCCUCUUCUAAAACCUACAGUCGAUAUGUACAAGAGUGAAGAGAGUCAAGGGUUUGCGUCCGGACAGCCCGACAUGAUAGAAAUUUGCAACCUCAUCACGGAGCUCAUCGAAAUCUAUCCCCAGACGACGAUCAUCAUAGAUGCCAUGGACGAAUGCGAUCCAGAGACACGAUGGGAGCUACUUGAGUAUCUGGAGACGAUUCUCAAAAACGCAUCUAGUCUGGUCAAGAUUUUCGUUUCGAGCCGAAAUGACCAAGAUAUUGUAUUGCAGCUGAAGAGCUACCCGAAUCUGGAGAUAAACUCUAUGAUGAACCAGAGCGAUAUUUCACGGUUUGUCAAGAACGAGACAGAACAGCUGAUUCAGCGUAGAAAGCUGCUAUACCGUAGCAAUUCGCGAGAUGAGCUCAAGGAGCUGAUUAUUUCCAAAACCACCGCAAGUGCUCAUGGAAUGUUUCGUUGGGCCAGCAUGCAAUUGCAGUAUCUUUGUUUGUUCACUGAAGACGACGAUAUCAGGGCUGCCAUGGGGCGACUUCCGCCCGAUCUGCGUGAGCAAUACAACCAAGUCUACAACAAGCUUUCAACAAUGCCAGGCGAUUAUCGACAGACCAUUUUCAAAAAUGCCCUGUGCUGGUUGUUAUCAGCUCAAACCACGCUUCCAACCGAUCAGUUCCUAGCCGCAGUAACGGCAAUUCCUCAUGAAGGCAAAAAAAUCACGGCUUCUCAGGAAACGAUUCUUGAGUACUGCAACAACUUCAUCAUUCAUGACUCACAGCUUGACACGUUUCGCUUCGCACAUCUGUCCGUGCGAGAAUUCUUGGAAGGAAGACCUGAGUUCAGUGAACCAUCGUCCAACAACUUGAUAGCGGAAGCUUGUCUCUGGAUCGUACUAUGUAAAAUUCCAACUCCAGCAACCCAGAAGCUCUUCCGUCAUGUUGGUUGGAAACCCGAGAUUGAGCCCUCCGUAAUUGAAGCACUUGAUUAUGCACGAUUUCACUGGCCUACUCACUGCAGAGAAGCGGGAAGUUGUAGAAAAUCCGGCGCCUUGAGGGCCGUUUUGAAAUACCUGUUCUUGGAUGAAAGAGACAAAGGGAAAAAUUCAUCCAUGGCUCUCUGGAUGCAGAGUAUGACCGACCUGGAGGAUAAAUUUCAACCUCAGUACCAAUCGCUACAUGAGGUUCUGUAUUGUAGACCCAACAGCGACUCUCUAUCACAAUAUUUGGGGCUGUUUAUCGCCUGUGCUUUUGAUUUCGAGGAGUUGGAAAAAGAACUCUUUAUCAGCGAAGCGCUUACAGCACCCUACAGAACUGUGGAAGGGAGAAGUAUUGGAGGUCUCGCGGCUGCAAAUGGAAGCCUCGCAAUACUUUCUCAUCUUGUUAUGCAAAAGGAGUUUGGAAUUAGGCUUGCCACCGAGGUGUUGCGUGCUGCUCGUUCCGAAUAUUGCAAAUAUACGGCAAUGAUCCUCGUCAACUGGAAGGUAGAUGAACAAAGUAAGAGGAUAGUAUUGACAGCAACUGUUUCAUAUAUUCUCCUGGAAGCGGUGGAGGUUUUGCUCGACUCAUGGGAAAACGUCAAGAUUACACAAGAGAUGAUAGUGGCAGCGAUCAGAAACCGAAAUCAGCCCACUAAACUGGUUACCUCCCUCCUGAAUCGAAGUAAGGAAACCAUUACGAUCACACAUGAGAUGGUAUUAGAAGCUGCCAGAAACAAAUCCCAACCUGUUGAGCUGACCGAAUUCCUUCUGAACCGAAGUGAGGGAAAGGUCGAGAUAUCACACGAGAUGGUAUUAGAGGCUAUCAGGAACCGAGCCCAACCUGUUAAUUUGACCAAAUUUCUUCUGGACCGAAGUGAGGGAAAGGUUGAGAUAUCAUACGAGAUGAUAGAGACAGCCCUUGGGAAUGGAACCACGCCUGUUGAGUUGACAAAAUUCCUUCUGAGCCGGAGGAGGGACGACGUCAAAAUCACACAAGAGAUGGUAGAAGAAGCUAUAGGGAAUAGUGAAAACACAAUGAUUUUAGCUCAGGUUCUUCUAAGUCAAGGCAGAAAAGAGGCUAUGAUAGCACCAGAAAAUUUCGGUACGGUAAUCGAAAGGAAUCGCGAGACUAUGAAGUGGGUGGAACUGCUUCUCGAUGAACUAGACGAGGGCAUCACAAUUACUAAAAAGACUUUCAAAGUCGCAUACCGUCAGAAUGACGAAAUCUCCUUUAUUGAAUGUCUCCUGCGUCGACAAAGAAAAGAUUUACCAAUAGCAGCAUCGGCAGUAAAAUACGUCCUGCAACACUAUGACAAAGACGUAGUACAAAUCCUUCUCGACCGUUGCGGAUUUGACAACGUUAUUACGAAGGAAACCAUCAAAGGUGUUAGAGAGCGUGAAUAUGGCGCAAAAGACAUGAUGUUAUCAUUGAUAGAUCAGCGAAGAGAUGUGAUCGACAGGCUCUUGGAUGACGAACAAGAGGCUUAUGCGGUUGAAAAGCUCGGACGAAACCUCUAUCGUAUUAACUUUCACCAUGACGGUGGUUGGACAUAUUACAAAUGGAAAGAAGACAGGUGGGAAAUCAAGUAG